CUGGGAGAAAUGAUAGCAAAGCCGUUGGCACCAAAUCAAGGAAAGAAAGAGACAUCAAGUCCCAAGCCAGGGACCAAGUCCCCAGCCUUGCAUUGGCAUUGGUGGCAGAAGUGGGAGGAGAAAGGCAGCACACAGAUAUGCACAGACGGGCUCCACUAUAAAAGGGGCAGGUGCCUCCCUGGGGCACCAUCUCUGCAGCACUCUCCUCUCCAGCAGAGCCUGGCCGGUCUUUAUCAGCCUGCGCCUUCUGCCACUGGCAAGCCACAGGAGGCUUUAAAGAGAGCAGAGGCCUUCCUGCCACUUACAAUCAGAAACUACCUAAAAUAAAGAUUAUAAAAAAGGAUGAAUGGACGGUCUUUGGUUGGUGGCGCUGAUGACGCCCGUCAUGGUCCUCUUUGGACAGACCCUUUUGGAAAUAACGCUGGUGAGGCAGACCAUGAAGGCUUCGUUCAGCUAAGUUUGGCCCUGAUCGGUGGGCAGCAAGAACAGGAACCAGAAGAAGAAGGAGCCAUGGAUGAUACCCCCACAAUAAUUAAAAUAGACCAGACUGAGAGCCAGGUCCCACCACAUCAAGGGAGAAGUUGUAUCCCCAAGGCACUUGGCUACGUCACCGGCGAUAUGAAAGAAUUUGCCAAAUGGCUUAAAGACAAACCUGUGGCGCUCCAGUUCGCUGACUGGGUUCUUCGGGGUAUAUCCCAAGUGGUGUUCGUCAGCAACCCCAUCAGUGGGAUCCUGAUCGUGAUAGGACUGCUGCUCCAGAACCCAUGGUGGGCUCUCAAUGGCUGUGUGGGAACAGUGGUCUCCACUCUGACAGCCCUCUUGCUCAGCCAGGACAGGUCAGCCAUAGCCGCCGGGCUCCAUGGCUAUAAUGCCACGCUGGUGGGGAUACUCAUAGCUGUCUUUUCGGACAAGGGAAACUAUUUCUGGUGGCUCCUAUUGCCAGUAUCUGUUAUGUCCAUGACUUGCCCCAUUUUCUCAAGCGCAUUGAGUUCAGUGUUCAGCAAGUGGGAUCUCCCUGUCUUCACUCUCCCUUUCAACAUGGCAUUGUCAAUGUACCUUUUGGCCACAGGACACUACAAUAUAUUCUUUCCAAGUCAACUGAUCACGCCUGUAAGCAGGGUCCCCAACAUCACCUGGUCUGACCUCAGUGCCGUGGAGCUACUGAAAUCCCUGCCAGUGGGGGUUGGUCAGAUCUACGGCUGUGAUUACCCAUGGACAGGGGGCAUUUUCCUGGUUGCCAUCCUAAUCUCCUCCCCAAUCAUGUGCCUGCAUGCUGCAAUUGGAUCAUUGCUGGGGGUGGUAGCAGGACUCAGCCUUGCAGCUCCAUUCAAGGACAUCUACUCUGGACUCUGGGGUUUCAAUAGUUCUCUGGCCUGCAUUGCGAUUGGAGGAAUGUUCAUAGCACUCACCUGGCAGUCCCACCUCCUGGCUCUCGCCUGUGCCCUGUUCACUGCCUGUCUCGGAGGCACCUUGACAAACCUAAUGGCUCAUGUUGGAUUGCCAUCUUGUACCUGGCCUUUCUGUUUGGCUACUCUUCUGUUCCUUUUGGUGACCACAACAAACUCCAACAUCUACAAGAUGCCCCUCAGUAAAGUCACUUACUCAGAAGAAAACCGCAUCUUCUACCUACAAACCAAGAAACCGAUGCUUGAAGGCCCUUUGUGAGAGCAACCUCACCCCAGCCAUGGUCACAGACAUUUCUGACAACUGCUCCAGUUGACUUCUAGCACCUCAGCACACUUUUUCUUCACCAGAAACAACUUGCAUAAUACUCUCAUCCAUCAGUUCUUUUCCUUUUUCUUUUUUACUCCAGAAAUAUCCUUGAGCAUAUGAGAGCCACAUCCAGGUGAUGUGCUCUGGUGUGGAAUUUUAAACCCUAGUAGGGGCUGGCACUAAGACUGUAAUAUAUUUAUAAAGUCAAAAUGCUCCAACAGAAGUAGUGAAAGUGAGCUAAUCACUGAUAUUUAUUGAUAUUUUGUGGUAGAGUUGGUCAAAUGAAGUUAACAGUAUUAAAAAUUAAACUUUAUUAACCAGCUAAACUUUGUGGAAUUCACGGUCACAAAAGUGAAGUUAACUUAGAUAUAAACAAUUUGGCUUUUGAAAAUCCAUUCAAGUGACAGGUUGCAAUUUUGUUCAAUAUCUCAGGGGUACAGAUUGAUCACUGGGCUACUCUCCAGUUCCCCAGCACAAUAGCCUCCCUAUCGCAGUGUGUGUGAUUCUUUUAUGGGAGGUUAUUGGUUUUUUUCAGGCUGACAGCUGUAGGAGGGAGAAAAGGGUUUUGUCAAUGAAAAUUAUUUUGUAUGGCCACUUCUCUCAGAAAUUGAAAAUAGUUUAAUAGUUUUUUUGGUAGGUUUUAUUAUUUUUCUUAUGAGAAAAUAAUUUUUUUCAGUGAGAUAAAGUAAGAGAAAUUCUUGGAUUAACCAGUGUUUUAACAUUAAAGAAAAUUGGCAUAUUUAUAAAAUAAUCAGCAUAAUUAUUUAUAAAAUACUCAACACAUUUUUAUUUUAAUCCUUAUGUGAUUCUAUUAAAUAUAUAGAAUCAUCAUAUUUUUCCACAGCCCUUUAAAGUCACAUUUUAAUUUAUUUGAGGACAUCUUAUAAUGAUUGGUCCUUAAAGUCAAAUUGCUUGUAAGUACUACUUUUAGAAAUUGCUAGAUCUCCUUUGUGAAAACUUAUUUUUGGCUGUAUACUAAGAAUAUUCUUUCUGAGAAACCAGUGGUGUUUGAACCACCAAGAGAAAUACAGGUAAAUAAUUACCCUAUUUUCCUUAUUUUGAAUAUGAAAGUUAAGAUUUCUGUAAAGGUUCUGUGGCCAAACAUGCUCAUACUGCCUUCCUUCUCCACACAUUUCUGCUCAGCAUUUUAGAGGCUGGGAAAGUGAAACUUUGAAAUUGGGCAGUAAAUAAACCUGUAAAUAUUUUAGGGAAAAGUUCAUGUCUUCCGCUUCUCAGGAAAACAAACACGCAAAUACUGUUCCAAUUUUUAAAACCCUGUGACGAAAGCCUUUUGAAGCCAUGAAAUUGCAAUUGUCACAGAUUUAUGGGUAUUCCUGUGGAAAAACGAAAUUCUUGAUGUUUGAACUGAAAUCUUCCUUAUUAGGGAAUUUGUGAAAUAAAAGUUGAGGAAAAGAAAAAAUAUGCAGGACCAAAGACUCUCAGCAGUGAAGAAUCUGGGUGUGGCUGAGCAUAGCAGAGGCCUCAGACAUGGACUCAAACUGACCUUCAGAACCCAGCUCUGCUAAGCUGACGGCAGCACCCUCUCCCUAUGAAAAUAGGAAUAUUUUAAAGCCUUGUAUGUUGUCUUAUUUAAGUAAUAUUAAUUUUCUCAAGCUAUAUUUAUUACUGAGUAUUCUAAAAUCAAGUGAGAAUUCUUAGGAACACUUGUAUUUAUUUUUACUUUUGUCUGUAAUAACAACUUCCUAUGUAGAUAUACUAAUAAAUUAUAUUCACAGAUCA